AUGGCCUCUUCUGGCGGACGAGAUAAACUUCGCAGCCGGGGACCGCGCGUGUUUGCCUUCGGAAGCAGCACGCCGCGCGACAUGAACAAGGUGAGAAUCCCCCUGGGGAGCGAUGAAAGCGUCGGAAGAGAAGGGAGUACAACUCUCACUUCAAUUAGUUUUUCGAUCAACUCGCCGUACCCCUCAUCCCAUAAAAAGCGGCCAUAAAAAUUGAAUAAAAAGAGCGAUGGGAGGGAGGGAAUUCCAAAGUUUGUGAAAGCGAAUUCGAGGGGUUUCAUAUGCAGGUUACACCGAAGCUCCGGAACUACGAUGCGAAGUCGGUUGACAAGGCGGAAGCUCCGAAUCUGCACGACUACAUCCUCAAGGCGAGAAGUCUCUCCCGAGAAGGUUCCUUCCGCUUUCCCUUUCCGAUCCUUCUCACCCAGAUUCCUUCCAGCCGGCAACUCCCGUAAUCAGUUUGUUUUCGGCUCCUCCACUCCUCGAACUCUUGCUCAUUUGGAUAAGAUUCCACAUAAACAAAGAGUUUACGAUGCGAAGAUUCCAAAGAAAAGUGCGACGCACAGUGACUUCAAGGCGGCGCCCAUCAGAUUCAAUGCUCGUGAGCCCACUCAUUCCGUAUUCUCUCUUCAUUCUCUCUCUCUCUCUCGCUUUCCAGCUUCGGCGCCCAUCAGCAAACCGACUAAAAAGGAGGAAAUCCGUCAUGUGAUCACUUCGAAAGACGACGAUAUCGCAUCGGAACCGGAUUUUGUGCAAGACCGUGAAGAGUUUAUGAACGAGAUGAGAAAGCACAAAAAGGAAUUGGAAGCGAAGAAGUCGAUCGGAAAGACAGAUGAGGCCCCGAAAGCCGCCGAGUCCCGUCAUGAGCACGUGAAGUUCGCGCAUGCUCCGGAAAUUGCUGGAAAUGCUCAGAAGGCCGUUCGAAUCCGGACGGAAACGCAAGAGGAAGCUCCCGUCGCCGUGAAGAGCUUGUCGGCGAACAAGAUGAACGAUCAGGUGCACUCGGCAAGCACCUCUUCUCAUUCGGUCCCUUUUUCAGAUCGAAGUGAGCCAGUUGAUGAACGAGAUAACGCCGGAAAGUGUGCCAGCGGUGGAGAAUCGCGACGGUCAUAAGGGCGCAAAUGUGGUCGGCGACUUGCUGGCAAAAGUGCAGAAAGUGGCUGGAGACACGGCUGAUAAGGUGGGCGGAAGGGGAAAAGAAAUGAUAAAGAAUUGAAAUUGCAGGAGGCGAAGACGACGAUCGUGGAUGACGUGGCAAAGGUAAGAAAAAAGAGAGAAAGAGGUAGAGAAGGAGAUCAUUUUCAGACAAUCAAAAAAGCGGAGGAUGACGUGGGAAAGGUAGUAGCACAAAGCUUUUUUAGCUCAAAAACGAGUCACCAAUUGAAGAAAAUGAAUAAAAUUGUUCAAGAGACGAAUGCAACUGUAAAUGCGACAAAGCAAGAAAUUGAGAAUGUAAGCAACCAUAUUCGAUACGAUAUAUCUCAGCUACCGGCGGAGAUAUCAAAAAUUUGGCAACUGAUAAAAUGUACACAAUGCCUCAAAGGGAUUAGUUGACAAUUUCUUGAUAAUUCUACCCGCAGCUGAGAUAUAUAGUUUUGAAUGGAAGAUAUCUUUUACUAUUCGUUUUUUUUCUUCUAGAAUAUCGCCGAGAAAGUGGACGAUAUCACAAAAGCGUUGGAGAAAUCUGCGAAAAGUUUGGAAGACGCCAAAUCGAACGUUGAGGAUAAAGUGGAGAAGGCGAGUGCGCCGAGAAUGGCCGAUUGAUUUGAACUGAUUUCAGACAGGGGCCGACAUCAAAAACGCACUUCUAACAGCUGCGGAGAAGACUGAAAAAGUUCGUGAAUGAAUUGGAUAUUCUCCUAGAGAAUCUGUGUUUCAGGGAGCAUCGGAAGUUGUGAAGGCGGUGGAAUCGACUGUGAAAUCUGGAGAGAAAGCGGUCGCCGGUCUGGCUUCUGACGUGAAGAAGGUGCUUUGCUUUGAACAGACCAAGUUCAUCCAGUUCUUUGCUUUUUACAGACACUCGAUUCCACCGAACAAAAGAUCGGAUCCACGUUCUCGAAGAUCGGAUCGACGGCCGAAUCCGCUUUCGACGACGUCAAGAACGGACUGACUCUCCGCAACUUCUAA